AUGAAGGUAGUAGCAACUUUAGCGCUUCUGCAGUUGUAUAUUUCUGCAACAGCGAAAGUUUCGGGUAAUGUCUCAACCGAAACGGCCCUGUCAGCUUCACCGGGUGACAUCGUUGUACUUCCGUGUUACACAGCAGGUAAAGUAACACCGGUAGUAACGACAUGGACCAAAAAUGGACGGGAAAUCGUUACAGGCGGAGAUCCCACUCGGCGCCUCAUUGUGAACCCUAAUGGGAGUUUGAACAUCAACGGGACGAUGCCUGGAGAUGAGGGGAAUUACCUGUGCAACUCCACACUACCUGACAACAGCUCCUUCCUGGCACGUGUGCUGCUUCAAGUAACAAGUGGACCAGAAAAUGUGUCUACAUUCAUCAGUCCUGCCACUGCACUGUCCAAUGGGACACUUUACACAUAUCGGGGUUCAUCCGUUACUUUAAGGUGCUCCGGCUCCUCUUACCCAUCUCAGCACCUGACCUGGGCCUUCAGAGGUGACUCGUCAAGCAACGACUCGCUGGUUUCGGGCUCUGGAUCGUCCCUGGAAUUCACCAUACAAAACAUUCAGCCCAGCGCUCAAGGAGUUUACAGCUGCAGGGCCCACAACCCUGUUUCAAAUGUGACAGUAAACAGUAGCACGGAGCUGCUAGUGUACUAUGUCUCAGACAGACACCCUGAGUGUAAAUGGACACUGACACAGAACAUCUCUCUAGUCCAGUUCACCUGCACUUGGUUGGAAGUUUAUCCCACCCCAAAGCUACGCUGGGAUACGGGACCAUUCCAGGUGGCGGACAGCCUCAAUGUUACGAUGAGCCGCUCCACGCUGUCAGACGGGCAGACCGUGAACUGCACAGCCCAGCCCCAGCACCUCGGCCCAGAAAAAGAGAAGUCGUGUUCGUUUAUCCUCAAGCUUCCCUUCCCCGAAGGCGAACCAAUGGUCUCUGCUCUGGAGGCAAGCAACGUAACACUUACAUGCACUGAGACCACGUCCAAGCCCCCUGCAAUCACCACAUGGAGAAAGGGAUUACAGCUGGACUACAUUGAAUCUGGAUCAAAAUACAUCCUGUCUUUGGAAGGCCCGGUCUUCAAGCUGACCAUAGUAAACGUCACUAAGGAGGACGAAGGCUUCUAUUUCUGCCACAGUGAGAACCCGCUCGGACUACGCGAGCUGGAAGUGGAGCUCACUGUGAAGACAGCCUCUUCCGCGUACACAGGAGCGGUCAUCGGCAUAUUUAUAGCAGCACUGAUUGUGGGGUCAGCUGUCAUCAUAGCCAAAAUUGUCUACAACAGCAGAGACCGGAUUUGCCUGGGUAAUUUUUUUUUCUUUUCACAAGACGGUGGAGACGUUCUGAGUCUGGUGGAGUCGGAUGACGAACAAGUCUUCCAAGAUGCAGUUCCCCGGCUGCCUCCAAUAACCAACGGACAUCACACAACACUUGUGCAGAUACAUCGAAUCCCAUCGAGUGAUCACGAGGAUGCAGAAACUGCUGACACAAGUCCACAGCAGCAGGAGGAUACCGUACAGACGGAAGAGCCAGCGGAACUUGUAGAAUUUUAGGUAUUGGGGAUUUUUUUUAGAGCAAUGUUUAGUUUUAGGUAAAUUUACUCC